CCCACCAAACCAAACUCAAUGAAAAUCACUUCUUCCCUUUCCUUCUUUUCCAACAUUUAUUAGUUCAACUAAGCUUCUGCUUAUAUGAGAUUGAAACAGUGGACUGUCUCCUGCUUUAGUACUAACUUGAGAUAGACAGAGAGAGAGAGGUGGAGGUUAAGCUGAAAACAAGGAAGGUAAAGCAAAAUGGGUGGUGAUGGAAAGGUGUUAACUUUGGCUCAAGUCUCUGUGCACAAUACCCCCAAAGACUGCUGGCUCGUCAUAAAUGGCAAGGUUUAUGAUGUGACAAAAUUUUUGGAAGACCACCCUGGUGGUGAUGAAGUGUUAUUAUCAGCAACAGGGAAGGAUGCCACUGAUGAUUUUCAGGAUGUCGGCCAUAGCAAGAGUGCCAGAGACAUGAUGGAUCAAUACUAUGUUGGAGAGAUUGAUGUCUCAACUAUCCCAAAGAAGACCAAAUAUAAACCCCCAAAACAGCCUCACUACAAUCAGGACAAGACAUCUGAGUUCAUCAUCAAGCUCCUUCAGUUCUUAGUUCCCAUUGCCAUCUUGGGUUUGGCUGUCGGUAUCCGCCUCUACGCCAAAUCAUCUUGAGGGUCUAGAUUGUGUUUUGAUGACUGAAAACUCGUGUUUCAUUUAUGCUAAUCAUUAAAGGCUGUUUGUCCUCUCCCUAUGUUGUUGUUCCUGCAACUAAUAGUGUAAUGGAAUCUAUGCUUGCUGCCUUUCCUCAGGUAACUGAUAUAAUUCAAAACGUUUUAUUUUAUUGAAUGCAGAACCUUUAAUCUGGUUGCAUAAUCAUAAGAACCAUGAUGUUUGACACCUGCAUUAUUGUUACCCUGAUUUUGAAGAUGAGAUUUGGAGGCUAGACAGUAAGAUGUUUUUUGUAUGACCUGUUGAUCUUGAUGAUUUAUUCCUUCUUAAGGAUCAAUAUGAUCCUGGCCUGUUUGCAAAUUUAGGAACAUAUAGAUUAUAGAGGGUUUAGUUUCAUUGCCAGUGUAGAUAGAAACUCGAGAUUUAACUUAGUUGAUUCAUACAUGACAUCGAGGUGGCAUCCAGACCUAGAAUUCAAAAUUUUGAAUCAGCAACUCUUAGUUUCCUUUUGUCCUUGCAUUAGAAUUAUUUGACAGCUAUGCAUGAAGAAAGUUGAUACUGGAUCUAGGAAGAGGGAAGUCCAGAGCCCACUUGGCAGUUGUUUUGGGGCCCAUGGCAUG